AUGAUAGCAUUUAGUGGUGCAGUGGGAAAUGGCUUAUUGUUAUCAUCAGGAAAAUGUUUUACAAUAGCUGGUCCUCUUGGAACAAUUCUUGGUUUUGCAAUAACAGGUUCUGUAGUGCUAGCUGCAAUGCUUUCCUAUUGCGAAGUUGUAAGUUUUUUACCUGUUGCUGAUGGUGUUUCUGGUUUAUCCUCAAGAUUUAUAGAUGAUGCGUUUGGUUUCAGCUUGGGCUGGUGCUAUUGGGCAUCUUAUGCCUUUGGGUUGGCCUCUGAAAUAACUGCUGGAACAAUCAUGCUAACAUAUUAUCCAUAUUUAGGCUUACCAAGUACUUCAAUAAUUGGUUGGAUAUCUUUUUUUAUUGUGGUUGUCUUUGGUAUAAAUUUAGUCGAUGUUAGAGUGUUUGGUGAAUUGGAAUAUAUUGGUGGUUUUAUCAAAUCUGGAAUUAUAUUAAUGUUACUAUUGUCUAUGAUAUUAUUAAACACUGGUGCACUUCCCCCUUUAAAUUCAAAUGUUGGAUUCAAAUAUUGGGACUAUUCUAAAUCAGAUUUCUCUAGAAACUUAAUAUAUGGUUUAUUCAGACCAACAUUUGAUUUAGAUGAUAAUGGAACUGGAGGUGCUUUAAAUGGAAUUGGGGGAAACAAAGGCAGAUUUCUUUCUUUGUUAGUCACAUUGUUAAUCUCUGCUUAUUCCUAUAGUGGAUCCGAAGUCGUUUGUAUAGCAGCAGCAGAAGCGAAGAACCCAAGAAAAUCAUUACAAAGCGCAACCAAAAAGGUAUUUUGGAGAAUUCUUAUCUUUUACGUAUUAUCUAUUUUCUGCGUUAGCCUUAAUAUAUUUGCUGGUGAUCCUAGAUUAUUAAGGUAUGACACAGUCAGUGGAAUUGAAAUGAAUGAGGAAUUGGCGAAAAAAAUACUUGUUGAUAAAAACUAUUGCCACUCAAAUUUUUUGAAUUGGGAAGGAUAUUCAAAUGGAAACCAAAGCCCAUGGAUAAUUGCAUUUCAAAGUGCAGAUAUUUGUUCAUUUUCAAGUGUUAUUAAUGGAUUUUUUGUUUUUUUUGCCUUGUCAUCAGGCUCAUCACAAUUAUAUGUUUCUAGUAGAACAUUGUAUUCUUUGGCUAUACAAGGAAAAGCACCAAAAUUUUUCAAAAAAUGUUCUGCGAGUGGAGUGCCAUAUAUAUCUGUGAUAUUUUCUGGAUUGUUUAGUUGUUUGAGUUAUGCUUGUAUUGAUAAGAAGGCUACAAGUGUUUUUGGAUAUUUAAUAAAUUUUGUUUGUACUUCAGGUAUAUUGGUUUGGGUUGGGAUGUGUUUAUCAUUUAAUAGGUAUUAUUAUGGUUUAAAAUUAAGACCGGAUAUAAUAAGCAGGGAAGAUAAAAUGUAUCCAUUUAGAUCGCCAUUUCAGCCUUAUUUAUCAUAUUAUGGAUUAGUUGGAUCAUCAAUAAUCGCAUUAUUAAUGGGAUAUACAAAUUUUUUAAGAAGUAGGUGGGAUACAUUAUCAUUUAUUUCAUCAUAUGGGGCUAUAAUACUUUUUUUUUUAAUGUAUUUUGGGUAUAAAAAAUUAUUUAAAACUAGAAUAAAAAAAUUGGAUCAAAUUGAUUUUGAUACUGGGAGAAAAGAAAUUGAUAGGAUUGUUUGGGAUGAGAAUACUGAAUAUACAAAAACACUUAAGGAUUGGUUUAAAAGUUUGAUAUCAUAUGCCUGA